AUGCGUGUCGCCGCCCCUUCUAUUGCUCUUGCCAUUGCGCAGACUUCUGUCGCCGCCUCGGUUCCUCAGCUCCAGGCUCGCCAGUCUGCCUGCAGUGAUGUACACAUCUUCCUUGCUAAGGGCAACAAUGAGCCCUACCCCGGACGUCAGGGCAAGCUCGUAAACGCUAUCUGCAACGGCCUCGAGAACUGCGAUUACGAGGACAUCCUUUUCUACAACCCCGUCGAGGCACCUUACUGCCAGUCCAUUGACGAGGGCGUUGCCAACGGUAUCGCUCAGCUCAAUGCCUACAGCGCUCGCUGCCCCGACACCAAGCUGGUCAUCAGCGGUUACUCCCAGGGUUCCCAGAUUGUUGGCGACAUCAUUGGCGGUGGUAGUGGUACCUUCUUCCAGGACUGCAUGACCGUUCCCUCGCCCAACCUUGAUGUCAACUCUGAGCUCGGCAAGAAGAUUGUCGCUGUCCUCACCUUCGGCAACACCAGACACACUGGCGGCCAGCCCUACAACCAAUUCAGCGGUGCUCCCUUCAACGGCAUCUUCCCCCGCCCUGCCUACCAAUUGGCCAACCUCGCAACCUGGACCUCCAAGUACCACGACUACUGUGUCGCCGAGGAUCCUAUCUGCGCUGGUGGAAACGUUGUUGAGGACCACCUGAACUACUUCGACCUUUACAGCGACACUGCCGCCGCUUGGGUCAAGUCCCAGAUUGCUGCUGCCGACGUCGUCGUCUCCAGCACCGUUGUCUCUUCCAGCAGCACUUUCACCUCCGUUGCCACCACCGACAAGGUCGUUCCCACCACAUUCGCAUACACCAACAACACUGCCACCGCACCCGUUGUUACCGCAUCUGCUGCUCUCUCCUCAAUCUCCUCGGUCCUCUCUAUCCCUACUGCCGAUUCUACCGUGACCGUCACCGUGGACUGCGCUUCCGUCGACACCGCCGUCAUUGCAUCGUACACUUCUGCAUACGCCGCCACCGUCGCCGUUUCCCAGAGCGUUGCUUUCACUCCUGCUGUCGGUUCCGUCACCGCUGGCUCCAGCGCCGCUGGUUCCAAGACUACCGGCUCCGCCACCACCGGCGCCACUGGAUCCAAGUCUUCCAGCGCUGCCAACGGCACCCACUCCAUCAUGCCUUACACUGGUGCCGCAAGCUCCAUGUCUGGCGCCGUCACUGGCUCUCUUGCCGUUGUCCUCUUGGGCGCUUUCGCUCUGGUUCUCUAA